UGACUGUUUGGUAUAGUAGCUGAAACAAGUUCCAGCCUUUUAUUCAUCACCAUCACGAUGUUCAAAAAGUUUACACCUUCCACAGAUAUCGCAGGCCAAACGCCGCCCAAGUCCUCUGUACAACGAUCGAUAAGGGCUGCUGUGCUUCAGCAAUGGAAGAUUGGACCAGAAACGCUCGAAGAGAUCUGGCCCAAGAAGGAGACAUUGAUCCAUGUGAAAUGCAGAGAACACAUCUCAAUAUACUCCGUCCACAACGUACCCCUCUUUUUCCAGCAUUUUGAUGGGCCGUUUUACCCCACCCUUCGAUUACUUCACCAGUAUCCGUUCAUUCUGCCUAAAGUUGGCGUUGACAGGGGCGCAAUUCGCUUUUUGUUGGCGGGUGCUCCCAUGAUGUGUCCUGGAUUGACUUCAGCUGGUGGUUACCUUCCGGCACCUGAGGAAGCAUUACCGAAAGGUACCGCUGUUGCUGUACACGCUGAAGGAAAAGAGCACGCUGUCGGAAUCGGGAUUACCGCGCUCAGUACGGAAGAGAUGAGAAAACUGAACAAAGAUGUCGCUGUCGAGAUUGUAACGCAUCUGGGAGACGAUUUGUGGGCCCUGCAAACUCUGUAGACAAUGCUUUUCUGGACUAGGAGCAGAUCCGAUAUGCAACCUUAUCUACAAAUUAUAAACCCAAACUAUUAUUUGCCAGGGCUGCCGCUGCCACUUG